GCAGACCACCUAUACAGAUUAAAAACAUUUUGAUGCAUACAGGCAACUUGUUAUUCACCCAUUUGGGUUUUUCUACCUUAUAUCUCAACCACCAGUCCUCUCUGCACUACAGCGGGUCUUAAUUCUAGUUAUCUCCAUCUGGCUUCAUCAGUUUCAUUACAUCAGUGUAGCAAAGGCGUCAACUGUGAGACAAUAAACUUAGUUUAAUCACUGCAAACAAAAUGACAAUUUUAUUUGUAACGAAAUGAAACAGGCAUGUGAAAAACUUUUUCACAGGAAGAUGGCGCUAUUUGGCGUCUUCGUCACCAACUCGCCUGGUAUUGAGAUAGAAGAAGAUGGAUAGCGGGGAAUCAGGAAGCAGUUAGCGGUUGAUAUUCCGUGUGUUUGGUGGAUACCGGCUGGUAACUGACUCAUGGCUGAGGCGGGGAGAUAGAAAGUUUCCCUUUGUGUAAACGCAGAGCUGUCAUGGCGGAGGAACACGAAGGAACGGAGAGCGGAAGUGUCUGUGUGCCGGUGUCGGUUCCUCGCGCCGAGGAAAAAGACCACGCGUCGAGGAAAAAGUUAAUUGUACACAUGGACCUGAAUAACACCAUCCUGGUCUCGGACACGGUGACCGGACAGGGGACGGUGGCUGCUCUGGAUUACUUCCUCACCACCGUCACCUGGGGGAAGAUGAGCAAACACGGAAAAUGGGAAUGGCUGAGUGACUCCGCCUCCCUGUUACCUCCCUGCAGCGACGCCUCCAGCUACUACUCUCAGUUUGGACGUUCUCCAGGCUUCACCUCUGUUGCUGGGCGACGCUUCAAAGGGCUGCUGGAGGAACAUCUGGAGCUGCUCCGCUGGCCUGAGGGCGUCAAGGAAGACAAGCAUCUGACUGUUAAAGGAGAAGAUGGUCGACUCUACCACUGGAUCCUCCCUUCCUUCUUCCAGCUGAUCAGAGAUCUGGCGAGGGAAGGACGGGAGUUUGCCGUCAUUUUCCGCACGUUUGGGACAGACCUUCCUCGGGUGCUGAAGGCCGUGUCUCAGGCAGUCAAUGAGGGAGCUCACCCAAUGUUCCCUGAUCUGGCUGAGCUGAAGCUCACAGUGGAUAUGACUCCAGGUAAGAUCCGCUGUAGCAAGCGAGGGGUCGUCUUGAGCCGGGCUGAAAAGCGCGUGUCCACUCGUGAUGGAGAGAGAGGACUCUACCAGUACUUGAGUUCUGUGGAGGGUCUCGGUGGUUUCCAGGACCACUUUGACUGGUGGGCUACCAACACCUUCUCCAUCCGAGGAGGGAAGCCCAUAUGGAUUGACCCCUUUGACCAGAAUGUUCAGCAUGUCUUUAUAGACGACAAUAUCCGACAAAAUGAUGAGGACACCAUUGUUAGUCCAAAGGUGUUCCUGGAGCCUGGCGGCCAUGACACCCGUGCAGCAUCCACAGCGGAGCUGUACGACAUCUCCUUGGUCCAGACCGACCUCCUGCGAGCCAUUUCGGAUCACAGCUACUUCACCCAGCGCGUUCACAUCUGCCUGGAAAACUACGAGAGAAACCUCUGGAAUGGGACAGUCUAGAAGAUAACUUCUAGGUUUCUGUGAGGUUUGUCCAUGCAAUCUGCAGUUUGCAGUGCAGCUGUCAACUAAACAACACUUCCAUCCCACCUCACUAAGAGUCACUGCCACUUUAAGUGUGAUGUUGGGUCACCGUCCAGCAGCUCACUGUGCUGGAGGGUUGUGAGCUAUUCAUCAGCAGUACAUGGACUUAUCAAAAGUGUAGCACUGAGAUUACUUAAAUUGUAAUUAUCAUUGAUAAAAUAUGGGAUUCACAAAAGAUUGUCAGUUUAUACAAAGAGUUCUUGCAGUUACCAACCCGACAUUAUCAUACACCUGGCAGAUUUAACAUUUUUAUCUAGUUUUGUCUUGCUGAUGAAAUCAAUGUAAAAUGACUGUCAGUUUUAUUUAUUAAAAAAAAACCAAACAAACAUGAUUUACAGUCACACACUAAUCGAUGGAAAAAAAACUUCAGUUUCUCAACAAGUUUAAAAUCCAUAGACAUUCAUUAUUAGAUCUGUAAAUAGACCGCUGCUGUGUGACAUCAACGUUCUGCUUCUGCACAUGGGAGUCGUAUCAGGAGUUUGUCUCCAUUCACACAGAGAAGUCUGGUUGUGAUCAUAUUAAAUUAGUAGCAUGAUUGAACACACAAAAAAGGAAAAAAAACAUUUAGAUUUUAGCAAAACUUUUGAAUUGAGCAUCAAGACCCGACGUGUGAAUGUAGCCUCAGUCGUAGAUUCUUUACCACCUCUUUACUUUGAAAAACAUUUUCAUUGUGCAGUAAAUGAGUGCCACCCACUCCUGACUGGAUGGAACUUAAAUAACUAGCAAUUUCUUCCUUUUGCAAUUCAAGCAGCUCUUCACAAUAUGCCAAUGACGAACAGUGAUAUUGAGAUAAAAAAAAAAAAAAACUUUGUUCACUUGGCCACUCCAAAACUUUACUUUCACUGAGGAGAAAGGUUUUUGAUUAUGGCAAACUUAAAUCUGGCAGGAGUUUUGGGUUAACUUUUACAGCAGAAAUGAUAAUUUGACUGUCAGACUUGGACUUAAGUUGUGCUUUAAACGCAAAAACAAAGACUUGUGCCUGAACUCUCAUGACUUGAGACUUGACUUGUAUGGAACUUGAGUCUCCUAGACAGUUCUCUUUAAAUUUUUAAGUAGUGUAUGCUUUGGAGGUCUACAUGCUCAUACUUCAUUCUGAAAUGGUAGCCUUCAUUUAUUUACCAGACAAACUACAGGGUCGUACCGCUUUACAACAAUCUGUUCAUGUUGGCUGUAGCUUCAAAAUUAUGGCCCCACAGAUAUCUCUCCAAAUGUAUCAAACAAUGUAAACAAUGUUUCUUCACAAGAUACUUGAGUCUGAAAUUGGUAUCAAACAGCUACAGUUUUUUCAAAAACAUAGCAAAGCCACUUGUGCUGUUGGGUUUUUACCCAAAGUUUUUACCUCAACUUUUGUUAUCGUUAGGUCACAGGAAUUAGAUGCUGAUGUGGCUUUAUGAAUGAAUUGUGAUUUAAGAAUCACAAUUCAUAACGUAGCAGUUGUAAAUUGGUGUAUCCCAGUUGUACUUAGGUCGGUGUGUGUGGUUGGUUAUUUGUCCGGCUAAACGACCAGGGUGUACCCCUGACCACACAUGCAGGACAGUUGGAUGGAAGUGGAUCUGAACAGACUUGAACAUGUCGCACUGUGGAAGCGUCAUACUGUGAAAUUCUGAAUGUACAUGUAUGCUACUGUAACACUCUUUGGUGUAAGAUAGUGUUUAGCAGAAUCACAUCAGAAAGCUCCAAUGGGAUUUGGACACCAAGUUACAUGUGUUAGCGCUAUUGUCAACAGAAUCGGUUAAAGAACAGGAGACUGAUGGAAGCCCAGAGAGGACAAAAAUCUGUUGAAGCAGGACAUUUUGAACAUAGCUUGGUAUUUAAAUCUGAUGUCGAUAGUCACUAUCGAGAUCAGAAAUCUUCCUUCACCACUAAUGGAGCAUGAUCACACAGUGUGAACCAGCUUUUAGGAGAAGGUUUUCACCAAGCAUUCCUCAGCAGAUUUGUCUAAAUAAAACUACUGGGACGAUGUUGGGGUUUCAUUUGCAUCGACUUAUUCUCUUAUUCUUUAAAGCACUUAGUGUGAAGUAUUUUUAAAGCUUUCUUUACAGAUUUUAGAGUAUAUUUAAUGUUUGGUUUUAGACAGGUGAGGUAAUGAGGUAAUGAAGAGCUAACAUAAAAGCACUUUAAGUAAGGAUGGUAUAAAUUGCACGUGAAGGCAGAUAAUUGCAGUGUUUUUAUGUAGCUGAGGACAGGCUUUAUAUUACAUAACCCAAACUGAAGACUCCUUUAAAAGUUUAUAUUAACAUAAUUACACUGCCAAAUAAGGACUAUUAUAUUAUUUCAAUAAAUGAUAUAUUUAUUGAAAUAAAAUUAUAUUAUUUCAAUAAUCAAUUAUUAUAUAUUAUUGAAAUAAUAUAUAAUUAUUGAGUCAGAGAAAGAAAAUAUUACACAUUUAUUAAACAUAAAUGGCUUUAAAAUGUGUUAAUAUACAAUUGACUAGGAAUUAGAGAAGAAGCUCCACCUAGCAUUACGCUAGGUGGAGCUUAUCUAUUUGUUUGAUGCUGUCAGUAAAUUAUCUUCACAUAUGAAGUUAAAAGGGAAAAAGCCACCCAUAGUUACUGUCAGUGACCAGGUGAACUGAGGUCAAAGAUUCAUUGGUGUGUGGUUGCAAAAUAAAUCUGAAUCCUACUUCAGCAUAGAAGAAAAUAAAAAAAAAAAAGAUCUGCUUUGUCACAUCAUAUUUAAAAGUUCUCAAAUAUUUUCAGUGUUUGAUUAUGAUGUUGAGAUAAAAAAACAAAUAAAAAGCUAAUAUAUA